AUGUCGAAAAGUGCAUCAAAUAAUAUUCAUGUUGAUUCGCCACCGAAUUAUUCAGUACAUCAACAUGCUUGUAUAACAUUGUUUAGGACUGAUCGUCUACGAUGUUUUCAAUUUCCAUUAUCGAUCAUUAAUACCGUCCGUGAUGCAAUUAAUGCUAGUUGGGUAAAUGGUUUGCAAAAAGAAACACAGAAUAUCAGUUUUUAUGAAUUCAAGCUCAAGGGAAAUCCUUGGUUGCGUUCAGGAGAUGAAAAUAUUCCAUCUCGAAUUGUGAUAUUGCAUAUUCUUUCAGCAUUGCAUAGUAAUGGCUGGCAUCUUUUAACAUCAAACGAUUUUUGUCGAUUACUUGAAGAUAAUAAUUCGUUUAUUUUCCAAUUGGAAGUACGCCCAUCACCAACAUUAUUUUUUGCUAUUUCGCGUUACGAUUUAGAUAAACUUCAUGUAAUAUGUGCCCCACCUGAUGUUAUUCAGAGAAUUCGACAAAUAUUUGGCGAAAAUAAUAUUCAACGAGAAGAGUGGUUUAAUGAUGCUAGGACAUGUUAUCGAUUAAAAUUAAGUGGUAAACCAUGGACAAAUGAUGAAACAGUUUCCAGUCGAAUAAGAUUACUCUCUUUACUCGACUGUUUUACUUCACUGGAUUGUCAAUUACAUACAGGAAUAUGUAUGAAUGGGAUAAUUGAUAGUGCUGAAGCAGAUACUUGGAUUUUUCGUCGAAAAAUUCAGUAA